GGUUGGGAGGAUGGAUAAACUUCCUGUAGUGAAUAGAGCAGCCGCCAUCGUAAAUGCCACAGUUGCAGCGAGAACCCCAAUUCAUCGGGGGGAGGUGUAGAGCCGUGAGGCCAGCUUUUUCCCAGCUCGACCGGAGUGAAGACUACCUCGGCUUCAACUCGAGACUGAAUGAAAAGUCGAAGUUGAAAACUGUUCAGGCCAUGGGAUGGCAACUGGAACUGAGGAACAGAUAUGUGUAAAAGAAGAGCCAGAGCGUGUGGAAAUGAGUGUGGUAUUGACUGAUGGAUCUGAAGAGAUGGUCUCCGAAAACUGCAAACAGGAAAGCAAGAAUAAGAGUUGGGAUUUUCCAGGUAAGCGAGAGGGAGACACCUCUGACAAAAGCCAAGACAAAGCUGCUAAGCACAAGGAGCAAGGUUUCAAGAAUCUUGACCAAAUUGUCAUCCAGCAGUUGAUCCACAUUGGAGGAAGUGAGAACAGGUGCAGCAAGCAGGAGGAGAGCUUCUGUCAGAGUCCCAGCCUCAGCAAACCUCAGAUUGUCCAUUUGGGAGAGAAACCGUACCUGUGCAUUAUCUGUGAGAAAACCUUCCGCAACCACUCGGGUCUUAUGGUACAUCAGAGAAUCCACACAGGAGAGAAGCCCUAUAAAUGUCCUGAUUGUGAUAAGAGUUUCAACCAGCGGUCACACCUGACCUCUCACCGUGGGACCCAUACAGGAGAGAAGCCCUUUAAAUGUUUUGACUGUGGAAAAAGCUUCAGCUACAAUUCUGGCCUCAUAAUACACCAGCGGAUUCACACAGGGGAGAAGCCGUACAAAUGCUCUGACUGUGAGAAAAGCUUCAGUCAAAAAUCACACCUGUUUUCACAUCAGAGGACCCAUGUGGGAGAGAAAUCCUUUAAGUGUCUUGAUUGUGGAAAGAGCUUCAGUUAUAACUCUGGUCUCAUCAUACACCAACGAAUCCAUACGGGGGAAAAACCCUAUAAAUGCUCUGAUUGCGGGAAGAGCUUCAAUCAACGAUCACACCUUAUUUCGCACCAAGGCAUUCACACGGGACAGAAGCCAUAUACAUGCAAGGAUUGCGGGAAGAGUUUUAGCUUCAACUCUGGGCUUGUUAUACAUCAACGACUUCAUACAGGAGAGAAACCUUUUAAAUGUUCCAACUGCGGGAAAAGCUUCAACCAGAAAUGCCACCUCAUUCAGCAUCGGAGGAUCCACACAGGAGAGAAACCCUACACUUGUUCAGACUGUGGGAAAGGGUUUACUCAGAUCUCGCACUUCAUUCAUCACCGGAGAAGCCACACAGGGGAGAAGCCCUACAGCUGCCCCGAGUGUGGGAAAAGCUUCAAUUUUAAGUCAGCUCUGAUACGCCAUCACCGGAUUCAUACAGGAGAGAAGCCGUAUGAAUGCCCCGUGUGCGGGAAAAGCUUCAACGUUAGUUCCCACCUGGCUAGACACCAGAGAAUGCACCUCAAACAGGCAAAGCUUGAAACCGUGGAAGGCUCUGGAGGCAACGCUGCCUUCCUUAGACGUCACAGAGCACCGCGGCCGUACGAUUGCACUGACUGUGGGAAAGGUUUUCUCCGGAGUGGAGAUCUUGUGAGACAUCAGAGAAUCCACACAGGAGAGAGACCUUAUCUGUGUAGUGAAUGCGGAAAGAGAUUCAGCCACAAAUCCAGCCACAUGAGGCACCAGGCAGGACACAUAAGAGGAAUUGCCCUGAAGUGCUAAGUCCUGAAGUUGAGAGGCCCUCUCUUCCAGCUUCUGUGAUGGAUUCCAGAGAAUGCUGCAUGUGGAGACUUUUCUGCAUUUAUGCACUUAAAAACAAGCAAAGCAGCAAAUCAUUUCUGCAACUAGAAAUGCUAAGUUCUGCAAUCAGAAUAAAUGACAUAAAUGUACAGUACGUCAUUUUCAGAAGUGCCCUUAAUUAGCAUGCCUUUCUGCACAUG